AUGGCUUCGCCGGAGGAUGCACAGGAGGGGGAUGCAGAGGCGCAGCUCCUGGCAGAGGCGUUCCAGAAGGAAGGGCUGGAUGCUGGAUACUGGCUGCCCAAAGCUUCACAGAUCCUGGGAAUCAAGAGCAGAGGAGCCCUGCAACAUCUGGGAUAUGAGGGCUACCUCAGGCUGGAGCGUCACGUACGGCACCCCCGGGAGAAAGAGGCACUCCAGAAAGUUCUGAAAAUAAGAGAUGACAAAACAACCACUACAGAGGGGCAGAAGGAGUACUUGGAGAAGACAAAGAAAACUCAAGAAGUGGCCAAACAAACCCGGAAUGAUCUGACAGAAAUGCUCAGGAGCCGCAGCCACAGCCAGGAUGCUCUGAGGGAGAGAGCAGAGACUCUGUGGCAAGCCACGGAGAUUCCCAAAGAGUUCUGGCCAGCACCAGAGGAGCCCCUCGUGGAUAGGCUGGAGAGCAUCCAGAAGCAGCUGGAGCAGCAGGAGCUGUCAGCAGGCAGGAGGGAGAACAGAGGAGAUGAAGACUGGGAGAAGGUGGAACGGGACUUGCACUCCUUGAUCGGUGGGUGCUUGGAUGACAAAUGGCAUGAACAGAGGAUGCAGAACAUACUCAGAGACGAGGAAGACACUUUUUGUACACCUGAGGCCCCCAGUCAGUCCCAAUGCAAGGCAGACAGCAGCGAAUCCAAAGAAAGUGAAGCCACUGCAAACCAGGAGUUCCUCCAGUUGCUCAAGCGCCUUGGACUGGAAAGUCACUAUCCAAGGAAAAUGGGAAUGGGAGAUUUCUGCACCAUCUGCAGCACCUCUCUGCAGGACAGCCAGCCCAGCCAGGACAAGGAACUGCCGUUGUACUUCUUGCAAAAGCUGUUAACUGCGGAUUACCAGGUGAGGUACCUGACCUGCUGGGAUGAGAGCAGCCCAGGCCUUGCGCCCGUGCCACCAACCGGAGGGCAAGCGAGCCAACAGUCAGACUCCUUUGGAAACUUCCUUGAUCGGCUGAUGGAAGCAGCCCCUGCACAUGAGGGCAGGGAGGGCCACGUGCACCCCGUGGACCUGCAGAUGGCCGUUUUCCAUUGUGCUGAUGACUUCCUGAGACAGACCCUUGCCAGCAGGAUGGCGUUCUGCCAGCUGGCGCUGCCUCUGCUGGUGCCCAACCCCGGCACUUCACGCAUCGAGUUCCCGCUCUACGCCCUCAGCCAAAUCCAAAGGAGCUGGGAGGAGGUGAAGAAGUCGAGAAAGCAGGUCCAAAGAAAGAGUUACAGCAACGAACUCAUCUUUCAGGCACAGACACCCAUCGUGUCCUUCAUCCGCAUUGGCAGCUCAGCCUCCUCCUCCAAGUCCCAGCUCCUGAACGCUCUGCUGAGCAAACACAAACACGACACCUUCUUCCACCGCCACUGCAAAGGCAGCACCCGAGAGCGUUUGCUGGUGGAAGGGCUGGUGGAGAUCGCCUGGUACUGCCCCCGCGGAAGCCCCGAUGACACCUUUGGGUGCUGCGUGGCUUUCUGCAACCUGCGUGGAGACGCCAGGGACCACGGAGCACAGCUGCACUUCCUGCAGGAGGUAUCUGCUGUCAGCGUGGUGCUCGUGUCCGAUCGGGAGCACAUGGACGACAGGGGGAGAGAGAUUCUGCAGGGCCUGUGGCAGUCACAAAGGCCUUCGGUUUGUCUUCUCACAGAAAAAGAGAACGUCGCAGCUGGACAAGCCAGUAGAACCAUAACGAUAGGGAUCAAGAACAGAAACAAAGCAGAACUGAUGGAGCAGCUGACCAAGACAAUUGGGAAUCUCCUGGGAAGGUCUCAUCCCUGUUUCAGCCUGGAGGCCUGCGUGGACAAAGCUCGCCAGCACGGAUUUGUAGUGGAUGCAGAUCAACCCGCAUGUGUGACAGCCAAAGCAAAGGCAAAGGAGCUGGUGGAGCUUCUGGAGAAAGAGAAGAUGUCUGAGAUCAAAUCCCAGCUGCUGCCGCUCCAAGGAAAACUGUGGCACCAGUGGUGCCAAAAGGACAAAGAGCUCACUCGCCUGCAGGAGAAGGGCAACAGAAGCAUUGAGCAUCAUCGCAGCCAAAUUGAAAAUUAUAAGGAAGCAAUAAGAAGAAAGCAACUGGAGCGAGCUUUCCCCCUCAACCCUCUGAUGAAAUCAUUCCUUGGCUUUCUCCAGGCCCAGCCAGCAGAUACCAAGAAAUACUUCCUGCAGUGGAUGAAGGUCUUUAUGCACGAGCUGUCUUGUGGUCGCUUUGAAAAACUGAGGCGAGACUAUCACAAGUUAUGGUCUGGAAACCUGGCAGGAAAGAAAAGCAAGAAAAAUCCCGGUGGCAAUGAUGAGUUGCUGAGUCGCUUGGAUGCCCUCUCUGAUGAAAUCAACAGUUCAUCCAUUGGUCUGGAGCACCUUCUGAGAGAGGUAGGGCAGAUUUAUGAGGCUCUGGAAUUGAUAAACUUAGAGAACAAGAGUUUUGUCAAACUGCCAGAAAUUGCAGCAGAGCUGAUGGUUUCAGGGUAUCCCGUGGAGCUGAUGGAUGGGGACGCUUCUUACCUGCCCUUGCGCUGGGUGGGCGCAAUCUUCGACAGCUUAAUUGAGAGGCUGGGGGACAAACGAGUGUUUGUGCUCUCCGUGCUCGGCAUGCAGAGCACAGGCAAGUCCACGCUGCUGAACGCCACGUUUGGUCUGCAGUUCAACGCCAGCGCAGGGCGCUGCACCCGCGGAGCCUUCAUGCAGCUCAUCCCGGUGAGCGAGCCGCUGCAGCACGACCUGGGCUUCGAUUUUGUGCUGGUGCUUGACACAGAGGGGCUUCGUGCCAUCGAGACGGCCGAUAAACAGUCCCUGAACCAUGACAACGAGCUGGCCACCUUUGUCAUUGGUGUUGGCAACUUGACUGUGAUCAAUAUCUUUGGAGAAAAUCCGUCAGAAACGCAAGAUGUUCUCCAGAUCGCUGUGCAGGCUUUCCUGAGGGUGAAGAAAGUCAAUCUUUCCCCAAGCUGCCUCUUUGUCCAUCAAAACGCGGGAGAGGCCACUGCCAAGGAGCAGAACAGGGAAGGACAACGGCGCUUGCAGGAAAAGCUGGAUGAAAUGACUGUGGUAGCUGCUCAGCAGGAAUUCUGUGACGUCUCCUCCUUCAGCGAUGUCAUUGGCUUUGAUGUGAACACCCACAUUCACUACCUUGCUCACCCGUGGGUAGGAAACUCCCCAAUGGCACCACCCAACCCCACCUACAGCCAGAACGUCCAGCAACUAAAGAGCAAAAUCCUCCAGGCUGCCAAGAAGGAGCCGCAGCGCAGCAUUUUGAGGCUCUCGAGCCUGAAAGAUCGUAUUGGUGACCUCUGGAAUGCUUUGCUGAACGAAAACUUUGUUUUCAGCUUCAAGAAUUCCCUGGAGAUUGCUGCGUACAGGAAACUGGAAAGUGCCUUUAGUCAGUGGACCUGGAGGCUGAGGAGUCACAUCUUAGACGUACAGAUGAGACUGGACAACAGAAUUCGGAAUGGGGACUGGCAGAAUGUCACCAGAGAGCACCUUGAAGGGCUGGUGCAAGAGACGAGCGACGCCCUUGAGAAAGAAGUGGACAAGUAUUUCAGGGAAGACAAAGACCACGAGACACUGGUCCAGUGGAAAUCAGGCACAGAGCUGAAGCUGAAAGAACUAAAAGAGGCUCUUCUUCAUGAAACAAAAAAGAAAUGUGAGAAUCUUAUUGAGCUACUGAAGGAGCAGAAGAAACUGGAUGCGAGGAAGUUGGAAUAUAAAGAUGAGCUCCUGAGAAGGAGUCGGGAGCGGGCUGUGAGUCUUAAAGGGAAGAGCCUCAGUGAGAGAGAGCUGGAGCGCAACUUUGCUCUGGUCUGGAACAAGUGGAUUGCCAAAGUCCCCCGAUCUUCUCGUCCUCCAGAACGGGUGGAUAUCAAUGCAGAAAUCAAAGAUGUCCUUCUAGAGCACUUUAAGGAGCCAGGUUUCCAUGCACGGAUCAGGUCAUUUCCCAGAGGCAGAGGGUUUUCUUUUGAUCCAGAGAAACACAUAAUGAAGAAAACGUAUUUUGGCCUUUUCUCAGAUUCCAGGAGCAUUUCUGAUGCGGAUGUGAUCAACUUUGAGCAGAUCUCAGUCAACACUAUAGUGUAUGUGAAGACAAACAUUGCUAAGAAGGAAGAGGAGAAAUGUGAUUACAGCAGAAAUUUUAUUCAUGAAAUACUCAAUGAAGUGCAGAAAGGUGUGGACUCUGUCUCCAGCAAUGCAAAAUGUACUUUUACCAGAGAGUACAGCAUGGAUUUGUCUCUGUAUCUGUGCGCAAUGGCAGCAGAAAGGUUUAAAGCCAUGCACGAAGCGUUCCAAAAGGCAAAUGACCCAGUUGUGUACCUGAGCAGCAGGAGAGAAGACUUCCUAAAGUGUUUCCAGAUUUCCUGCCAAGGAGCCACUUCUGUCACAACUUUUGCUGUUUUCCUUUGUGACAAGAUUGAACCAGCUCUUCGCCAGGCGGUCUAUGAGAGGGCAGCUAAAGACAUCGCUGAGGACAUGCAGGGCAAAUUCCCAGAUUUCCAGGGCAGCAGAGCCAAUCUGGAAGUUUGCAUCCUGAGAUACCUGGCAGAACAGGAAAAUUUUGAGUAUUUCAUGAAGUACCUUAGCUUUCCAAAAGAGUUUUGUGAGUGGUACAUUAAGACACGAGUUUGGAGCCACUGUUUGGAUGACAGUAGGAGGCUGAGGAGGUUUUUAGAUUCCUCCCUUGAUCUUCUCUAUCAAAACAUCCUGUCAGCCGUUGCUUUAUCAACCCGGGUUGUCAAAGACAGAAAAGACAGAGAAGACAAAGUCUCUCUCUGGCUGGAUGAAUUUUGCAGGGAACUGUCAGAGGUGGUGAACUUGCCCAGAAGUGAGCUGAAGGGCAUCGAGCACCAGGAGGUCACAGACAUUGAGUUCCUGAGCAGCGCCAUGGCAGAAGCUCUGGAAGACCUGAGGGACAGGCUCGGGGAAGAACUCGCUGGGGCUGACCUGCGCUCGUUUUCGAGGCAGCCUCACACCAUCCUGGCGGAGCAUUUUUCGGGAUGCUGGGCACAGUGUCCCUUAUGUGGGGCUGUCUGCACAAACGCCAUGCGGCAUCACGAUGGAGAUCAUCAGGCGCUCUUCCAUCGCCCACAAGGUGUGAUAGGAUUCAAAUGGUGUACAUGUGAACCUGACAACGAGCAUGAGUCACAUGAAAUGAUCACUGACAUUUGCUCCAGCCUUGUUGCAAGUGACCGUGAAUUCAGAGUUGGUGGUGACCAAAGCAUCCCCUACAAGACAUACCGAGAUGCUGGACCUCCUCGUUCCACUUGGAACAUCCUUCCUGACCCAUCCAUGCAGGCGUACUGGAAAUGGUUUGUGUCUCGUUUCAGGACACAGCUGGAAGAUCGGCUCAAUGGGAAAUUUCGGGGCAAAGGAGAAAUCCCUGCGGCGUGGCGGAGAAUCACCAAGCAGAAAGCGCUGUCCGAGCUGGAGAAGCGCUAG